AUGUUGAUGGAAAUUGAUUCUUUAUCAAUUAUUUUAAUUUUAUUAAUUGUUUUAGUUGCUUUCAUUUCAAUUCGCAAUACUCCAAGUCCCGAUGUUCACCCUUUGCUAUUAACUUCUCAAUCGGAUCCUGCACGAGUUCGUAACCCCGACGAAACCGUUAUUUAUCGUUCCAAUAAUUCUGCUCAUGGAAUGCCACUAUUGUCUUUCCCUGACAAAAAUAUAAAAACUCUGGCUGAUUUGUUUCUUCAUGGUACUAGAAUUGGUAAAGAUUGUUUAGGUUUUAAAAAUGGUGGCAAUAACUAUGAUUGGAUCAAAUUGACAGAAAUUAAUGUUGUUAUAGUGUCAAAAGAUACACUCCCAAUCAUUUUCUCUGCUGCUCCUUCAUGUCCAACUUUGAAAUAUGUGAUAUUGGCUGAAUCAGGAUCGGAAAAAACCACAAUAACUCAACAACAAUUGGAAACAGCAAAGACUUUGGAAUUAAAUUUGGUUACUUUUAAUUUUGUUGAAGAAGAAGGAUCUAUUUCUAAGUUGGAUCAUGUGCUUCCAGAUCCUGAAGAUACUGCGACAAUUGUUUUUACAAAUGGAACAACAUUCGGCGAACCUAAAGGAGUUGAAUUAUCACACAAAAACAUCGUGGCUGACGUUGCUGGUAUUCUUGCUUCAAUCCCAUCUCAACAAAAACUUACUUCUGAUGAUAGACAUUUAUCACAUUUACCAUUAGAUAUUAAUCAAUUGUUAAAUAAUAUACAAGAAGUACAACCUACUAUAUUCACCAGCGCACCACGUUUUCUAACAGGAUUUCAAGAAUCAAUAUUACAAACGAUGGGAGAUCAAUCACUGUUCAAAAAAGGAUAUGAAUCUAAAUUGUAUUAUUUAAAAAAAGGAAUGCUUUUAACAAACUCAAUAUGGGAUUAUUUGGUAUUUAAUGGUAAUGUUAAAGCAAAAUUUGGUGGUAAACUUCGUGUUCUAGUUGUUGGAGCUGAACCAAUUUCACAAUCUACACUUGAUUUUCUUAGAAUCACUGUUUCUUGUCAAGUAAUCCAAGCUUACGGUUUAACACAAUGUAGUGGUGCUGUCACAAUAAAUAGUUUUUAUGAUUAUCAACCACCUGAAGAAAAUGAUGAUUCGGACGUGUCACAAUGUGGUGCACCUAUUGCAUGUAACGAAAUCAAGUUGAUAAGUUAUGAAGAAAAAGGUUAUAGUGUUGAAGAUAAACCUAAUCCAAGAGGAGAGAUUUGUGUUCGUGGACCAAAUGUAAUGAAAGGUUAUUAUAAAAGUCCAAACGAGACUUCUCAAACUAUUGCAUCGGACGGUUGGUUACGAACUGGCGAUAUUGGAAUGAUUUUACCAAAUGGAACUUUGAAAAUUAUUGAUCGUAAAUUGGCCCGUUAA